CUUUAUUUUAUUUUAUAUUUUUUUGUGUGCGGGUAAAGAUAAAUAAUAUGAAUAAACUAAAAAAAGCAUUUUCUAUAGAUCGUCAAGAUCAGAAAUCUUCCGAGAUUAAUAAAAAGAGAUUCUCGUUAUUUCAUAAAAAGAAACAUACAGGAGAGUUACCUCGUUUAUCAAUAAGUACACCUUGUAUCGAAUAUCCACCAAUACUACAUUCAGCUUUUGAGCUUAAUCAUUCCCAACCUUUUGUUAAAUAUAGACCUCGAUCUGUUCAAAUCGAAUCUAAUUCUUUUCAUUCAUUCAAUUCGACUUCAACUACAACAGCCUCAUUAAACACACAAGAAAAUAGAAGUUUAUAUUCAGUUCAUUCUGAUAUCAAUAAUAAUAAUGUAUCAGAAGAUCAAAAAGGGAUGGCAUCAGCAAAUAAUAAUAAUGAUUUUGAUGAAAACUCUUAUUUUCAACUGGGAAUGAAAUAUCAUGAGAAAGGAGAAUUAGAAAAAGCUACCUAUUAUUGGAGAUUAUCAGCUAAAUCAAGGUCACCGGUAGGACUAUUUUUUUAUGGUAUUGCACUUAGACAUGGAUGGGGAUGUAAAAAGGAUCCAGCAAAAGGAGUUCGAUAUUUACAAAGUGCAGCUGAAGUAGCAGUUUAUGAUUUACAAACAGGAAUAGCUCAGUCUGUUUCUGUUGCUAAGUCCGAACUAGUGCUUGCCAUUUAUGAGCUCGGUGUUUGUUUUCGUCAUGGAUGGGGGGUGCCUAAGAAUCUAGAAACAGCAACGUACUAUUUCCAAAUAGCAUCCAACUUGGGUGAUCCUGAUGCACAAAAUGACUUGGGAUUCUGUUAUGCGCAUGGUUUAGGUGUAAAAAAAGAUUUAUAUUUUGCAGCCAAAUACUACCGCAUGGCAGAAAAACAAGGACAAGGUAUCAUAGGAAAUUCCUGGAUUUGGAAGGAAAAAUACGAUCAAGUAGAAAAACCUGGAUGGACAGGACAAGUGAAAAAGAAAAAAUAAUUUUUUUUUUAUCAUUUCUCCUUCUCUGUAUUAUAGUCAUUAUUAUAUCUUUAUAUAUAUACCUUAUACUUUUUGAUUUAUAUAUUAUGAUACAAAUAUAUAUAAAUAUAUACACACAUAUACAUAUAUCCUACCUUAUAUAAAUAUACGUUAAAUAUCCUCUUCUUUUGUAUUUAAUUCUAAAAACAAAUAAAAU